AGGGACAAGGGACGAACAUCAGUCGUAGUUCAUUCAAGAUCAGCGACAGGAUGACUCUUCGAAGGGCGUUGUGGCUCCUCGUGCCUCUCCUCGCGGUGGCUCACGGAAGGCCGGGAGAGACGACCCCGGAUUUAAACAUCUAUGACAGAGCCAAUGCAGAGACAACACCAGACUACAAUAUAUAUGACGAAGGGCGCCAAGGCGGGUCUGGGCCGCAUUUUACCCUCGAGAAUAACCGCGCCGAACAAAAUCCAGACUUCACCGUUCUCCCCAAGCCCUUCGAGGAAACCAACCCGGACCGAGUCGAGGCCGGCGAGCUCUUCGACAAGGACAUAUUGCUGACGGAGGCGCAGCGCAGGGCCAUGGUGCUGAGGAAGGGCCUGGCCUCCGAGAACUACCGCUGGCCAGAGGGCGGAGACGGGUUCCCGCGCGUGCCUUACCGCUUCGCAGACGGCAACGUGGACCAAGCGGCGGUGAAUGCCAGCAUCGCGCACUGGGAGCAGCACACCUGCAUCAAGUUCGAGCUGACCACCAACGUGAACCAACCGCACCUGAAGUUCCAGAAGCUGACUGGCUGUUGGUCAUACAUCGGGUAUAUUUCAGGCUUUACUACCGGUCAAGAUAUUUCUAUCGGCAGUGGGUGUACUUCUCUCGGCACCGUCGUCCACGAGAUCGGCCACGCCAUGGGCUUCUACCACGAGCAGUCCCGGCCAGACCGUGAUUCGCACAUUCAUAUUAACGAGGAGAACAUUUCGGAUGGACGAGAACGCAACUUCGAAAAGCAGACGGACUCCCGCGUGGACAGCAAGGGGAUCGCAUACGAUUACACGAGUGAUAUGCACUACUCCGGAUUUGGCUUCUCGAAGAACGGCCACCUGACCAUCGCCACGCUGGACCCGCGCAACCAGGAGCUGAUCGGUCAGCGUAGCGGCCUCUCGCACCGGGACAAGCACCUCGCCAACCUCAUGUACCGCUGCAUCGACAAGUGGGUGGCGAAGUGCGGAAUUAGCAGCGACACCUGCAAGAACGGGGGUUACCUUGGCGCAAACUGCGCAUGCGUGUGUCCGGCAGGAACAACGGGGUCCUCAUGCGAAACCCUUGGGCAGGAUUAUUUUGCUUCGCAACGCGGUGACUGCAGUGAGAAGAUCACGAGCCCUACCACGGUCACCUCACCCAACUACCCGAACAACUAUCCUUAUGGGCUGACCUGCGCCAAGUGGAUCGUGGCGCCCGAGUGUAAGCUGCCCAGAGUCACCUUCACCGCCUUCAGGUUGGCUUCCUGUUCUAAGAGGUGGGACCAGCUGGAGAUUCGAACCAACAACCGCUUUGAUGGCACCUUCUACUGCGGGACCGAGAUCGCCCCGGGAACCUCGGUCACGUCAGCCACCAACGAGAUCAUCCUCAUGUUCUAUACGAGGUCCAACUCCGAGUCUGGUUGGUCAGCGGAUGUCACCUUUGUAGAUGAUCCUAACUGCAAUUCCGCAACUACCACACAGGCACCAACCACUCAGCCCCCCACUACACAGGCACCAACCACUCAGCCUCCCACUACACAGGCACCAACCACUCAGCCCCCCACUACACAGGCACCAACCACUCAGCCCCCCACUACACAGGCACCAACCACUCAGCCCCCCACUACACAGGCACCAACCACUCAGCCCCCCACUACACAGGCACCAACCACUCAGGCCCCCACUACACAGACACCAACCACUCAGCCUCCUACUACACAGGUUUCAACUACCGAGGCAACAACCGCUCCACCAUCUUCUCCACGCUGUUCGCUAACCUCGACCGCUCAAGGAGUGUCUUGGCGCUCGCCGAACUUCGGCUCUGAAAACUAUCCAAACAACUUCCGCUGCGGACUUACUGGAAGCGCCGCCUCGCCGCACACGACCACCUUCCAGCUCAACACCUUCCAGCUGCAGGGGAAGAAGCGCAGGAGAUGCGUCGACUUUGUUGGCAUUCAGAUUCCUUACAACAGGACCGUAAAGCUCUGCGGAGGCAAACAAGGCGCUGUCGUGGUGCCCAAUUUGAACAUAAACGUCAGCUUUGUCACCGAUGCCUCGAAAACGGACGUGGGCUUCGACAUAGGCAUCACGUGGCAGAAGACGGGUUGCCAUCACGUCAUCGAGCUCACUGAGGACGACGCGACCGGCGUCAUCCGGAGCCCGAGAUACCCGAGGAAGUACAAGAAGAAUACUGUGUGCGAAUGGUGGAUUGUGGCCCCCGAAGGAAAGCGAAUCCAGCUGGACUUCACCACGAUUCGUCUCCGGGAAAAGAAAUGCCUUAACUCCUACAUCGCGGUCGACAAAUCCGGCUCGGCCAAGUACUUCCCCGACAACAGCGCCCUCUUCUGCGCCGCCGACAUGUCAGCCAACGUUAUCUCGGACGGGAAUCAGGUGAACGUUGCCUUCGCCGGCGGGAAAAGGUCGAAGGGCUUCUCUGCACGAUACACGCUCGUGUAAACGCCAAGGAUGUGGCGCUUUGGACGCUGCGGCGACGACCGUUUCUGCUAGAUAUUGGCUUAAACCUGAAAUUACUUCAGGCAUAUCUAUAUGCACAACGCACACCACACACACACACACACACACACACACACACACACACACACACACACACACACACACACACA